AUGGCGUUUAGGUGGUUAGGAUGGCAGCUCGGUUUCUUCGAAUGGCAACGAGGGUGCGCGAGGGGCGCGGGGGGCGCGUGGGGCGCGUGGGGCGCGCCGGCGCUGCGGGGCGGAGCGUCAGUUCACCGAGUAGAAGGGGCCUGGCGCUGCGGCCGGCGGCUGCGGCUGCUUGCGGUGGUAGAUGGACUUGUGGUUGCGGAGACUGUUCAGACUCGAGUAAACCCGCCGGCAAAUGUUACACACGGGCUCUCGGGACGGUCUCAUGUGAACGUUUUGGAUGUGCCGCUUGAGCCGCGUCAGCGACGAGAGGCUCUUGUUACAAGGCUCACAUCUGUAAUCUUCUUGGGGGGUGCGUGCGCCACCUGCAUGGUCACAACACAAGCGGUUAGCCCCGUCGUUGCUCCGGUCGCGAAUAAUGCACUCUCGUAUCGUAGCCUCUGA